AUGAAACCGAAAAAUUUGCGACAAACACGUGAGUACAAGACUUUUCUUGAGAUUAUUUCUUUUAGCAAAGUUUUCUUUCUAUUGAGUGUGAAAUGGAGGGAUAACUUAUUAAACUAAAAAGCUCUCAAACAAUAUUUGGUUAGGGCAGUAUUCAAUUAAUUGCCUGUCAAAAAACCAAAACCAAAGCUAAGUUAUCACAAUGACCAAUCAUAAAAAGGCUUACAUCAUCAUUAGCCAAUGAGCAAUCAGAGUAAAAGCAGCCACAACUAUCAAAAUCGCGGGAAAACGCGGGUGACCAAAUCACGAUUAGUUUUCGUUUUGUGUCUGAUUGGGUUUAGAGGAUGGCGUGUAUUUUGUAGAAAAACUGACUGAAUUCAUUAAUCGAAAACAAUCUCGGGUUACUUUCGACACUAAAUUGAAAAUUGCUUUAUGAUCCAUAAUUCUUUGAAGCGCUUACUGGAAAACAAAAAUAUAUCUGGACCAGAGGUAGAUUCAGUCACGGCUCCCUUAACUCCUUUUGUUUCUAUGGCACAGAGACUUUAGAGGGGAUGUCGUGGUAUUAGUAGUAUAAGGUGAGACGGCCAUCUAACCAUGAGAUUUUGGCCUUUAUUUAAUGCAUUUUGGAAUCACUAGUGAUUAUUGCAAUCUGAUUGGCUCUCAGUAGGGCACAUUUUUCUCGAAUGGUGCUAAAUAGCAUCUUUUUCAGUUUAGCCUAAGAAAACGGUUGCUUAACAAAUAGCCACCAGAAUCUGAUGUGAAGAUGAGCACUUGUUUAUCAUUUCAGAUUUACGCCCUCAGCCCUAAAAUAAUCUCACUUAGGUUUUUUUAAUUUUUUUUUUAUAUUUAGGGAAUCUUACUCAUCCAAAAGUUUUAUCAAGAAAGAAAGAGGAAAGAAAGCCAGAACCUGAGAUACAAAAGAAAUCAAGUAAAGACACCUCUACAAUAACGUGGAUCAGUGUCACUGCCGUGCUGAUAUCAGUUCUUAUCGCAGGGCUGAUAAAUCGCCUUUGUAAAUGCAACCAUUCUGUGGAUUCAAAGUUAUCAGAGACGGUUGAAAUUUCCUCUGUGACCGGACUGGAUGCUCAAAGAACUAUGACAGAUGUUGGGAGAAAGGGGCUUGUAAGCUUAGAGAAAGUGUUGUCCCAAGGAAGAUAUUCUACUGUUUGGAAGGGUCGCAUUAAAGAACAGCCUGUUGCUGUAAAGGUUUAUCUAGAGGCAACCAAAUUGUCCUGGCAGAAAGAGCGUGUCAUCUACGAAUUAUUGUCUGGAGAACAUCCAAAUAUUUCUAAGCUAAUUUACAAUGAAUUUCUGGGAGGAAAAGAUGAACCACUUUGGUUAGCCAUAGAUUAUUGCGAGAAUGGUUCACUUCGAGAAUAUCUGCUGAAGAAAACACUGAGUUGGAAUGAAGCAAUCUUCUUGGCUAGCGGUAUAACCAACGGAGUUGCCUUUCUCCAAUCGGAAAGCUUUCCCGAUGGUCGCGCGAAAGUUGCUGUCGCCCAUCGGGAUUUAAAAAGCACGAACAUUUUGGUGAGGAAAGAUGGAACCAGCGUUAUCUCCGACUUUGGCUUGGCUUUGUCUCUGGGUUGUAUCGAAGAUGAAAGCGAAAAGGUAGGGAGGUUUAUUAAAGAGUGCCUGAAGGAGGAAGGAAGGGUGACUGGGGGUGCAGUGCGUUAUGUUUGGGUAAAAGGACUCUCCCAUAAUUCCACGCGUAGUGUACCAACUACCAAAGCAAUCUCUUACCCAGAUCCUACCGUGCAACUGUAACCACUUGGCCAUGGAAGGUCUGGGUACGAGACUACUUCAAAACCCUAACUAAUGGCAAUAAAUAUUAUAUUUUGUAGUUUUUGAGGAGAACGGAAUGGAAAGGAGAGGGCUUAUGGGCGAGAGACGGGAGGGUGGCUCAGAUUUCAAGAUGAGGGUCUCUUAGAGAGUUUAUAGUACUUAAAUUCGUCCUCAGGGCCUUCUUAGGAAAAAAGAUGUACAAUAUCUUGUUAUUCCUGCUAACUCAGAACAAAUUGCUGCUCAUCUGACUUUGACAGAUGCAAGUUGGCACAUACAGGUACAUGUCCCCUGAGGAACUGUUAACCACGGUUGACUUGGACAGCACAGAAACCUUUAAACAAAUGGAUGUCUAUUCUAUGGCACUGGUGCUUUGGGAGAUUGUUUCACGGUGCGCAGUUGCAGGUAAGGUAACUUUUCAAGCCUAUGCUGAACAUGCAAAUUUUCUUUCCUAAAUCGAAAAAAAAAAAAAAAUUAAGAACGAUGUUGUCUUCGGGCAUUUUUGUCUCGUUCUCGAUUUUCAAGAUGGCGGUCUCGGGCGACGACCCAGCUCAGUGAUUGGUACAGGUUGUGUUAUCGGUCAGUAAUCUGAUUUCAGCACCAAUCGUUACCUUUACAAUUUCCUCAAAUGUGAUUGGUGCAUUAGCUGCUUUAUUUUUCCCUAAUCAUUCUGCACAGUUUUAAUCGAACAGUGUUAUCGGACAGUUGGCUGUAAUCGGAUACCUGUAAUCGGACAGUUAAAGCAGCCAAUCAUAUUAGGUCCAUUCAAUUUACUCCACCAAUCACUGAAUUGAUCACAAUAACCAUAACAGCAACCACUUAUCCUGAAAAAAAAAGGAAAAAAAGCCAGGGAAUUUCCAAAAUGGAGGAAUUUUUUACCUAGGACAUUGUCUCUACCGGAGAUGUUUGUCCAGAUGUAUUUGUUUUGUUUGGAAAUUGUAAUAGUUGUGAUUAAUUGGUAUCAGGACUUCGUGUCGUCCAAUUCUGUCUGUAAUCAUACUUGUGAUUGAAAAAUCGGACUCCUGCUUCGCAGUUGUCUGAUUUUGUUUAUCGUUCGUAUGAUAACUGACCGAAUUGGACUUCACUCAGUCCUAUUGCCAUUAUUAAGUAUUAGCGGUCGUCCGCUUUUUUUGUCACUCCUAUGUUUGCAGACCAAAUUGGACUCCACUUGGUCCUAUUACCAUUAUUAAUAAGAUAGCGUGCAAGCCAUGCUUGUAAUUGGAAAAUGUAGGCGGACAUUUUAAGCGUCAUGCCUGUGUGAUUUGAAAGUUCGUGUUAUUCGUUCUCGUUGUUUCGUCCAACUCUGUCCGUGAUCAUUCUCGUGAGUAGUAAGUAAGACUCCUGCCUCGCGGUCCUCCGAGCAUGUGAAUCACUCGUAUAAUUACAAACCGAGUUUGACUGCACGUGGUUCUUUUACUGUUAUCGAAAAGAAAAGAAAAUCUUGAGGUCCAUUUUCUUUCAGAUCAUAACCCUGGUUCCUAUAAGCUACCGUUUGGGGAAGUGGUUGAUUGCGAUGCAACAUUGAGUGUUAUGGUUGAAGUUGUUGCCCUAAAGCAGUGCAGGCCACAAUUUCCAUGCACUAGCCACGAGGUAAGGUUUGAUCACAGAAUAUAAUAUUACUCUCUAACAAUGUUUGUAUGAUAAGCUGAUUUUGUACACACGAAUUUUUCGAUUGGUUUUUUACUCAUGAUCUGUUAGAAGACAGAGGCGUAGAUGACGUCAUCAUUGACAACAUUUUGCAUUUUCAUCAUUUAAAACAAGUAGAUUCCAUUUUGACGUGUGUCUGUACAGUUAUAGAUGAUUGAGGGACGUCAAAAUGUGGCAAGCACAUCGGUGAUACACGCGGCUACCCCAUUCUGCGCCCCUUUUUAGGUUCUGACCAUAUUUUGACGUCUGCACCGAUCUAUUACUUAACGGACGCACGGCAACAUGGAAUCUAUUUGUUAAUUAUUCAGUGGACUGAAUAUUAUGCCAGUUCUGAUUGGUCACUUCCCGUGAUCUAUUAUAGUAAAUACGGAUGACUUUCGUUAUACAAUUAAAACUGUUUUCUUUGCUUUGAACAACAUGGAAAGGAAAGACUUUGAAAAAAAAAAAAAAACAAAACAAUUAAUAACUGAGAGUACAUGUAGCGUUCGAUCAAUUUAAAGAUCAAGGUAAAGAAACCCAAUUCUUCCUCUUUGAAUUAUUACUACCGCUAUGGGGCAAAUUUGAAUUUUUUACAAAUAAUUCUCUUGGUGUGUCAUUUUUUGUUAACUGUCGACCACAUUUUGGUGCCAUCUUUUACAUAUAGCAGAAUGACAUUUUCUUCUUUCGUUUUUCAUCACUUUGGAUUAAAGACAGAUCAUAGUGUCAAAAUUCACCAGCACUAUCACCCUCCCCUACCCAAUAAUUUGCUUUUUGACUGUUCCCUCCCGGUCUCCCUCUGCCAAAUAAGAUCAUGAAAUUUUUAUAAAAUCGUACCGCUCUGGUAUCAGUUAGAACUUGGCCGGAAGUCCUUCAUCAUUUGUAAAUGAUAAAACAAUCGUAGUUACUGAUAAUUUAUUUUCUUUCAAUUACAUAGGGAUUAAAAGCGUUCUGUCAGACAGUACAAGAAUGUUGGGAUCCAGACCCCGAGGCUCGUCUCACGGCAGACUGUGCUCUUAUGAGACUCAAGGAACUGCUGACGAUGGCACAUGCGCCGUGA